AUGCUCGACGCACAAGAGUCGGACGAACGGAUGGACUCAGUGAUCAGUGUCCGCGUCAACGGUGGACGCGUCGACGAAGCUCAUGGAGAAGAAGAGUCAGUGUCGCCUAAUGAACACCAGGUUGCUGAGGAGAUAAGUCUCCAGAAGAUGCGCCUGGAGGACACGGUACGGAAGAUGUAUCCUUCCCUGCUAGCUGAGAGACGUUUCUAA